UGAGAGCAGUACGUUCAUAUUUCUGUUUUAUUAACACAGACAUGCUGUGGCCGUGGUGUGUGCUGUCUGCAUUUAAUUUUUUUUGUUCCUUGUUCUGUUAAUGCAGAUAAUCUGCCUGGGUCUGGCCCUGCUCCCUGUGUGAGUCACACAGCUGCCAGACAGAGCUCCGAGAUAAUCCCUCCUUCCCUGGGGCCUGCACCAACACAACACUUUCACUUUCAUUUCUCGGGAUGGCGUCUGCAGAGCUGCUGGAGGAGCUGAACUGCUCCAUCUGCUUGAAUAUUUACAGCGAUCCCAUCAUCCUGAGCUGCGGACACAACUUCUGCCGAGCCUGCAUCGGGAGUGUUCUGGAUUCACAAGAACGAUCUGGAGUUUAUAGCUGCCCCGAGUGCCGAGCAGAGUAUCAACAACGUCCUGCUCUGCAGAGGAAUCUAAAGCUUUGCAAGAUCGCCGAACAUUUCCAUUCGAUUCAUCCAGAACAGGAUUCUGGGAUCGUAUGCACCUACUGUGUGUAUACUCCCAUACCGGCUGUCAAGACAUGUCUGCACUGUGAGGCCUCUCUCUGCGAAACCCACCUGAGGGCACAUAUCAAAUCAGAUCUACAUGUCUUAUCUGAACCCACCAAGUGUCUGGAGGAUAAAAAGUGCUCCAUCCAUAAGAGGUUCUUGGAGUACUAUUGCUCCGAGGAUGGGGCCUGCAUCUGUGUCUCCUGCCGCCUGGACGGGACGCACAGGGGACACCAGGUGGAGACUCUAUGUAAGGCCUCUGAGGAAAAGAAGCAGAAACUGACCCAACUUCUCGUGAAUCUGACCUCAAAGAGAGAGGAGACUGGGAAAAGAGUUCAGAGACUUCAGGAACAGAGAAAAGAAGUGCAGGAUAAAGCGGCUGGUGUUAUGAAAAAUAUGAGGGCAUUGUUUAAAGAGCUCCGGAACGAGCUGGAAUUCCUGGAGAAACGAAUUAUGAUUGAAAUCUCCUGGCAAAGUGUCCAAAUCUCACUAAGAGUCUCCCAUCUGAUCAGUCAACUGGAAGUCCGGAAAGAAGAGCUGUCCAAGAAGAUGGGUCACAUCGAGGAGAUGUGCUCGUUGACGGACCCAUUCACGUUCUUACAAAGACGGGAAGAUGGAGAUUCCGAGGCAGCAAGUGGAGAUGACAGUGUAUCAGAAUUAGGGGAUCUGGAUGAGGGUCAGAUCUCUGCUACCUUGCACUCGGGCUUAACUGAUAUUUUGACUGGUGCCACAAUGAACAGCGGAAUCUCCGGCCAGAGAUUCUCCAAUAUAUCUCAUUCCAGAAUCACGGGAAACGAACCUGUGUUGCGUGACUUGAAAAUAUCCCGCAGGCACUUUUAGACGAGAAUCCCAGUCCAACCUGCAGCCAUUAUGGAUACACCUGGGUUAUUGUGUAAUUAUUGGACACUCACACAGUUAUACUACUGGCCGCGUGUCUAUAGACAAAACGCUAAAUGUGAUGCAAUCCUUUUGGAAACCAGCACAUGUUCUGUAUGUGGCUAUAGUCAAUAGAUUAGAGAGAUUUAUUUAUAUAGACUAUACCAUACCAAAGUGGGGAACUGCUAUUAAAUAUGAAGUUAAUUAUCGGUUUCAGUAGAACUAUCUCUGUAAACUUUUUAACCCCUUAAGGACACAUUACAUGUGUGACAUGUCAUGAUUCCCUUUUAUUCCAGAAGUUUGGUCCUUAAGGAGUUAAAGGACCCUUUAGGGGUUUAUAGAUAUUUAGUAAAAUAACCCCAAGGUGACAUGUAUUUUUUUUAUGGUUGAGGAGGGGAGAAACUAACACAAAAUACUUAUCUGAAAAUAUUUGCCAGUUUUACACUCACCCUCCCUUUUUUUUUUUUUUUUCUUUUUUUUUAAACUGAACUUUGCCUUUAGCACAGUGCAGUCCCUGUUCUACCUUCUAUCUUUGGAAUGUGUUCGCCAUGGGUAGGCAAUCUUUGGCACUCCAGAUGGGGACUACCUCUCUACUGAUACUUUGCCAACCCUAUGGCUGUAAGAGCAUUAUGGGAGAUGUAGUCCACAAUAUCGAGAGUGCCGAAGGUUGCCUAUCCUGUGUUGGUUUCAAUAUGAGUUCAUAGAUUCUAUCUCAUCAGUCCGAUCUGACAAAAGUGUCUGAAAACGGUUUGUUGAUGUUUGUGGACAAUAGAAGUUGUAUAAAAUGUUCUUUGUAGGUUACUGAAACCACAAGAACGUGAAGAUAUUCUACGCAAACCCACAACCAACUGUUCAAUACGGCUCCCAGGCCCGGCCUCCCAGCACACAGACUGGGCUCAGUUAAAACCCCCUUCUAUAAGGACACAAACAGAACCUGGGCCGUUUGUGCUUUGCAGACUGUGUUAAAAUCUCCACCACGCUAGAUUUGAAUCUCUGCCAUUCUAGGCUAAAAUGUACAAUUCCAUUUUUAAAUCCUCACAAUUCAAGGUUUAAUGAAUAAUCUUGAAUAUUACUUUUCUAGUCUAAUUUAAAUGAGUGGAUACUAAUCAACCAUUAAUUAAUAAGCAACCUGUUAUUAAUUACACCUAAUCAUUAUUUUAUCAGUCUUUAGUAGGGGUUCUUAAACACAAGUGGGUAAUCCCUAAAUCUGGACUGGUCUACAGGAUCCCAAAAACAGGGGAUGGCUUUAUGUGAGUAUAAAUAAUCUCAUUUCUAACACAAGUAAUGGAUUUUAUUAUUCACAACGAUAUACCAGAUAUAUUUAGCCUUAUCUUCUUAAAGGAACACUUGGAGAAAACAAGCAAUGUAAUAGGUAUGCCUCCAAGGAAAAUAGGCACAUGAUUUUUGUUUUGCAUGUUUUAUUUGUGGGUAUAGAAAAUCUUGGCUUGCAAUAGCUGCUGAUCUCUUGUCUGCAGCCUUUGCAAGCCCUCCCCUUCUAACCCGGCCCAGACUUUCUGUAGCUGUCCAAUCACAGACUCCCAAUGCAGCUGCUCUGGGUAAUUGCUGCCUCCUUGAGUUUAGUUCCGCUGAGCUAAACAAACCAGGAAGUAACAGGACCGAUUGUCUAAUUGAAAUAAAAACAGGAAACGCUCUUGACCCCAAAAACACUUCAGCAAAAUAAACUACUUAGUCCCCUUUAAACUCCUUUUUAUUUCUGUAACUGUUUUAGCUUUCCGCUCCCUCACGUUUCCUUGGACACUUUAUUCUUGUUUGUGCCAGUGGCCAACUCAUAGAAAGUGCUUGCUGUCCUUAUAGUAUGUAGGAAUCAGAUGCUGCAGGAGGGAAAUGUGUUACACUACUGAAAUCAUUCAGAGCGUUCCCUUGGAUUAAUAAUAUUGAACGUCCUGCAGCCUGGCAGCUUUACAUAGAUGUAUACCCUCCCCUGUGAAGGAAAAGUCUGUGUAUAAGAAAUCCAAGCUCUUAAAGCAAAACUGUUACUUUACUGGUAAUGGAAUAAAUCAUUAAGGAUCACCAAUAACGUGUGUACAUAUCUUUUCUUCUGAAAGACUCCAUUUUCUUUUAAAAUGUAUGGCAAAGUGCCAUCAUCAUGUAGGUCAGUCCUGGCACAGCCAAGGCAUACAAUGCAAAAUGUUUCCUUCUUUGUCCAAUGACAGAGAAGAGCAGCAUUUAUCAGAGCGACUGAGAGGGAGCCAAGAUGGAAGCAGCCAGUUACAGUAUGUGUGAAAUUCUACAUUUUAUUUUCAAUACAUCACAAACAUAUUUAAUACAGACUAUAAAAAAAUCAAGGAAGUUGACCGUUUCCCUUGAAGUUUCUUAUUGUUUGCAAGGUAGCGCCCACUGUGGGUGGGUUUGUGUAAUCACAGCUGUUUGGGAUAAAUGCUCAGUUAUCACAAAAUUUAAAAAUAGGGUUAGGGAGCCGAGGGAUGAGCGUGGUCAACGUGUUAAUAAAAUACAAUUUACCGUUAGCGUAGAGCUUGGUGUUUGGAUCCAGCUUUAACAUCUAUUCAUGUUUCAACAAAGAGGCGGAAAAAAAUGAAAAUAAACUGCUUUCCUUUUUUGGUGAGAUAUCGUGUGUGUAUCUCUAUAAUAUCUAUCGAUCUGUCAGGACCGGCAUUGUUUGAGACAAAAUAAAAACAAUAAAAAUACAUUUUAAAAUUAUGGUAAAAAUGGUUAAAAUGUAAUUUUAAUGUCACUACUCAGAAACCCUUGUGAUGUCACCAGCAGUACACCGCCCUGAUUUGGGCAAGCGAUGCUGUUACUGCAGCCAUGUUUGUAAUGGGCAGGAAUGCAGACCCCAUUUUCUGUUGCUGCC